CCAAAUGUUAUCUCGACUCGCGAGAUAUUGCGAGAAAAUUUCAAAAUAAUAGCGCCGAAUAUGUAAACAGAGAUAAAUCGGAAAUGUCAUCUAGAAAGAGGUCCGCUAAAGGCAUCAACGAUGCAGUGAAAUUCUUUGUAGAUGCAACAACAAGACAGAAAUUCAAGGGUAAUGAAGAGUUGUUAUGGGCACUAGAAUGUAUAGAGGAGACGUCUCUGAAGACAGGCCUGUCACCGGACCAUAUAACAGCACUUGUAGAUGUUGCUGCAUCUGGUAUACAAGUCGAGACAGUUUGUAAAAGAAUCAUCAAGGCUCUUAUACCACAGUCGGUGGUUCCAGAAAAAGCUGCACUCAGUGUCAUCUCCUGGCUGUGUACCCGUAAACCAUCCAUUAACAUACAAUGUUUGUUGUUACGAUGGUUACUUGUGAUAUAUGAAUAUAUUGAUACUCGGGAUGAUCUGCAUGCUAUGUAUGGAGUGCUGUUCCACUUCCUCCAUUACAGAAUAAUGACACCUUAUAUCUGUCACCUGCUGUACCUUUUAACACGGAAAGAAGAUGUUAAACUGUUCCGUGUGAGAUUUCUUAUACAGUACCAGAAAGAUAUGGGACCACAAGCAUUUCUGACUGGACUUCUGUCUAUAUAUCGGCAUUAUUAUCCAAGCUUGGUACAUGUUGUCAACACCCGCUCAUACAAGUCCUUCUUUCCAUCCUAUGAUAGGAAGUGGAGUGCUACAGUGCGGCAAGUGAGGGAGCAGAAUGGGCUGUCACCCACUGUAGAUAUGAGCUGGGAAAAGGCAUUGUUAGAAAGGCUACAUCCUACUGGACAGGCCAUAGAUCUCAUGCCUUCAAGAAAGCGUAGGAAGAUAGAUCCAAUACCUGUGAUACACUCUCUGACGUCAAAGACAAACUACAAGAGGGACACACUAGCUCAUUCUUUAGGGAUUCGCACUGUACCCUUUAUACUGAUACACUCCUUUAAAGAUGUCUUAGAUAAUCUAGAUAGUAUAGAGUUUCCAAGUCAGAUAGGAGCAGUGUUACGGUCAGAUACACUAAAACAUGUGAUGUCAUACACAAAAGACCAUAUAGCUGAGGCCAGGUUUCAGUUCUGGGUUGCUGAAACUUUACAAGAAGAAUUGGUUGAUACAUUGAAACAGAAAAACAAGGAAAGAGCUACUACACUGCUACGGUUGUUAAAGUUAUUCUCAGAUUUUCUCCAGGAAGGUAUCCCUGCUGUGGAUAUUGUGAUGUCAGAAUACCUACAGACGUGGAAUGGUCAACACUUUAAACAUGUGAUUUUCAAACUUAUCUCAAGAUUUCGACUCUACUCAUUUUCAACACUAAAUCGAGCUGUGUUAGAACCUCUGAGAAAGCUGUUCUUUACAUCAUCUAUUUAUUUUAAGUGCCAAGUGAUCAUGUGUUUGACAGACUUGUUAAGAAACCACACAGCCAAUGAAUGGCCGCGAAGUCUAGAAGUAAAUGAUACAGAUUCUGGGUUAUGUCUGUUUAGCAAAGUGAGUGAAGAGUUUUCAAGUAUAGAUGGAAUUGUCAGCUUUGUAACAUUUGUCAGCAAGAUGAUACUGGUAGCUUGUGUAUCAGACAGUCACAAUGCCUUGUUUGAACUCUGUGUACUCGAUUUUCUAGAUCUGGUUUCAAAUUUACAUAAAGAAUACCACCUACCAUUUGUAGUGUUGGUAGAACCCAGACUGCUUGAGAGAUUACUCAUUAGCUCUCAUCCAAUGACUGUCUCUAGAGUUUGCUCAGUUAUGUGUAGAUAUAAGGAAAACUUCAAUAUGGUAAAGGCAGCACAGAAGUCAGGAGAUAUAGAGGUUGUACAGAACAGAGAGGAGAUAAAGAUGAUACGAUCAUGUAACCAGCUUAUUAUUGACUUCUGUAAUACACUAUGGCGGUUCAAGGCAUUCACAUCUACAGAUAAGGGUUCUAUAUUUUACUGGUACCGUGAGGAGACAGAUAAAGAGAACUUUGAUGAUUCACCGGUAGAAGAAAAUUUGUCUUUAUUCAGACAUCCAGCAUUGUUGCCAUACACAAUCAGAUAUGUCUACAAGACACAGUUAGAGCCUGGCAUAAAGUUUGCAGAUUUAAAGAACAUGAAGCGGGAUUUCCUGAAUUAUUUGGAUCACAACCAUUUCACAGGAUUGUCUCAAUUCAUUGCUUCAUUUAUACGUAACAAGACGCCAUCUCUGACCACUACGCAGGUGAUGGGUAUUUCACAAACAAUGUCAGCAUCACGCCAUGACAGCUCGGCAUUUGGCUUUUGAUUGGAAAAAUUCUCUGCUACAGUAAUAAAACAGUAGCCUUACCCACAAGUGACGAAUAGUACAAAGUCAACAGCAACACCUAGACAAGAUCUCUCAGCAAGUGGAUUUCAAUUUCAGUUUUUUCAGCAGUGUAAAAUACUAAAUUGUAAAAUGAGCAGAGUAAGAUGUUUAGGGGCUUCAGUGUCUGUUUGGUUAUAAUCACUGACUAAACCACUAAACCUUAGCUGUAGGUUUAAAUCCUGCCUGAGUUGUCAAAUGAGGAAAUUAUCAACCUGAUUUGUGGAAAAAUGAUGGUUUUAAUCCAGGUGUCAUCCUUUACAGAGAGGGACCUGGUGACUCUCCCAACAUCAGAAGUUGGAAAUCGGUCAUUUAACCUGCAUUGUGUUAUUGUCACUUAAAAACAAAAAUAAAAUUUUAGUAAUAAUGGAAGUUUGAAAUUUUAGGUCCGAAAAAAACUCAUUAUGUCUCCCACCACACAGUUGUGUGGGAGACAUAUUGAUGUACUCCUGUCUGUCACAAAGCUUGUCCGCACUCUUAAGUCGAACAUUUCUCAUCUGAUCUUCACCAAACUUAAACAAAAUGUGUCUGACUAUAAUUCCUCAGUCAAGUUCAGUAACUAGCCAAAUUGGCCUAGGCACUUCGGAAUUAUGGCCCUUGAAAUACCAAAUAACGCUCGGAUUUCUUGCGCAUUUUUGACACCAAAAGGACCCCUAUACUACUCAUAAAAGUAGUAUAGUGGUCCUUUUGGUGUCAAAAUGUGCAUGCACUCUAGUAGUAGAGGAGUCCUUUUGGGGUCCUUUAUGUACAUGUGCUCUAAGUAAACAGUAUAUAAAGACUGACUUACUAUUUAGACGAUUAGUCAGUUGUUGGAGACAUGUGCUUUUCUCAAAAGCAGCUCUAGUUUAGUUUUGUUACCAUGGAUUUUCUUGGUUUCUACCAAAUUUGUUAUUUAGUAGGUUUGUAAGGACUUGAAUUUGUGGAUAUUUUAUUUUAUUUCAAAGAUGAAAUGGGAAGAAAGUUGUUCUGAAUUUCCUUUAUUCUUUGGGAUUUGAUUUUCUGUAUUGGCAAAACCAUGAACUCCACAAACUAGGCCUCCAGUGAAUAGAAAUGAUUUUGCAGUAUUCAUAUAGUGUUGUGUUUUCACCGAUUCUGGCAAUGUUUACAUGUGAGGAGGAAUUAAAGUUAUUGCAUUUGAACACUGAAUGAAACUUCUGUAGUUUCUUUUGCAACUUAAGAUAUUGGACCCGUAAUAGAGUACCGCCUUUUUGGAGAGUGUUCAAUUCCUACCAUAAACCUACUUUGAUUGCAAUUUUCAGGGAGUGGUGGGGGGGGCAUAGGUUCAAGCCCCACUGGGACCCAAAUUUUUUUCCCAUGUUUUCCUUUUUUUCUAGUAGGUAAGUUUUUACUUCUUUCAAGACUUAUCAUGGAUGUAUUGUACAAAAGUGGAACAUUUUCAUUUUAUAAGCGAUUUCUUGCUGUUUAGAGUGAAUUUACCUCUGAAUCAGGAUGGGUAGAGUUAGACAUCUUUAAAAAAUACUGAGUUACAUGCGAUAAAAGUUCUCUAUUUUGCCUUCAUUCUUUAGAUUACAUAAUGUGGAAGAAAUGCAGGUAGGUUUUACAUCUGCCCCAAGGUUAUUUUUGAAUGAAGUGAGCAAAAUUCAAAACAGACCCACAGGAUUUGACCUUAAUUUUUCAGUGUUGGAGUUAGAAUUCUGUCUCAUUAAAUCUGUUUACUUGAGGCAUCCUAGAAAAAAAUGAUAUUUACAGUUUUAUUUUGUGUUUUAUAAUUGUUUAACAAUAGUUUGAUGUUUCUUUUAUCAAAAUUAAUGCUGUAAUGAAUUCUCUGCAAAUAUUUUAGAUAGUGGCUAUCACAUUGAAAUUUGUCUCCACUUGAGCUUGAUAAAAUACCAUAAAUUAUACAAAAUUUACAAAAAAACGGCACGGUAAAAGUUGUUUAAAAUUUGCAACACAGUGUGAAACAUGGUCAACUUUAAGAAUAUACCAAACAAAUGCUAUUUUUCAAACAUUACUAUUAGGGGUCCAAUACCUUAAUCCAUAUAAUUAAGGCCAGUACUACUUUUUUUUUACAAAAAUAAUUUCUAAGUUAUUGAAUUGUUAAAAUGAUAUAUAAAGGGUUCCUUAGUUUUAAGUACCAGUUCUGCCCUUGGUUGAUAUAAUUUGUGUCAAUAAAUCAACCUCACUAAAAGACAAUAGUGAUAUGAUAAGCUGUAAAUUAUAUAGAGUUGUUUGAAUUUGUUAACAUUUUCAUGCUGCUUUGACUGUUGGCAUGUCUUUUUAAAUCUAAAGAACUACGUAGCAACAGUUAUAUUUUGUAUGUAUGCCACCAAGCAGGUUAUUAAAUGUUACUGGCAAGAAAGCUGGAAAAAUUUUGCAGUAGCCUACCACAAUUAUUGAUGAUACAUGGUGUUUGUACAGUAAUUUUAAUGGGGCAAGGUGAAUUUCCUUGAGCUCACAAAACCCAUAUACUCCAAGAGCUAGAUGUAGUGUGGUUUUAUAUCUAAUUUAUUAAAUAUCUCAUUGUAAAUAAUUUGCUUUUAUAGUGCAAUAUGUACAUAGUUUUAGAUCUUUAGCUCAGCUAUACGCAGUAUGGAGAGCUAUCCUACUUGCCCAGGCAUAGGUGUCGGGGGUCCUUCCGCAUUUGCACCUUGGUUAAAGUAUUAAUGCCCUUUCUCUAUAUCUCUUUUAUUACUUGAUGGAUUUUUAAACUUAAAAUUAUUAUUCCUCAUCAUCACACAUAUAUCAGAAGGGUCAUAACUCUCACACUAAUUUAUGAAUUAAUGUGGGGGAGACAUAUUGUUUUUGCCUCCGCUGUCUGUCUGUCGGUCCACAUUAAGCCUGUCAGGCUUUAACAGGUCAAACUGCUGGCUGGAUUUCGACAAAACUUCACAGGAGUGGUCAGUACCAAUCGUCGUUAUGCGUAUCGCCGGCACAUUUCGCUUCGCUGUACAGAAAGGUUGCAAGAGCUAAAAAUAGAAAAAUCUUGUUGGCACCAAAACAUUACGAGUCAAGCCUUUGUUUUACCUACCAGUAUGAAAUUUCAGGUUCAAGUUGUGAUGCAUUUUUGCUCUAUUUCAGUCAUUACCAAAUAGAUUUGAUUCAAACUGAAAAUAGUUAUUCCACAUUAGUAGCCAGAUGAUAUGACACAUGUUGCAUUACUUUUGCAAAUGUUUUCCAUGAAAUUUGUUCCUUUUAUACUUAUUUUGAUACACUUUAUCUCUGUUAUUACUAAAUCUAUUUGGAAAAAAACUUAAUCUAUUGCCCAAUAUCUUCAUCCACAUUGAAGUCAUUAAACACUCCAGUGACAGCUCCAGCCUCUUCAGAUAUACCAAAUUCCACUAUCCAGAAUCGAAAUAGUCGAAAGCGCUGUCUUCUAUGACAGCUCUUGUUAAUGCAUUCUAGUUUUUAGAAGACAUACAAAAUUGUUAUCCUAGGGAUUGAAUAUUAUUUAUACAGUAGUUCAAUUGUUAAUUUAGACAAAAGGGUCUUGUUAGACUUGAAAUAAUUGUUUUAACCAUACUUUUAUAGAGCUGUUGUUAAAAAAGUAUUGGAGGAAAGGCUUGGCCAAACUGAGAUUCAUUAUCCAAUUAAUGUAAAAAGAAAUAGGAAGAAAAUGACCAAGAUGGGAAUAUGGGGGAAAUGAAUGAAGCACUUUAUGUUUUAUGACAACUAACAUCUGAUGUGCUUCUUAACAACAGAAACCUGUCUAUAUUGACUAUUAUACUGCUGAUUCAAACAGAGACAAUGUUAAUGUCUAUAUUGACUAUUAUACUGCUGAUUCAAACAGAGACAAUGUUAAACUUAUACCUGGUGGAGUUGUUUUUAUGGUGUUGCUGGAGGGAAGAUAUAUAUCUUUUACGUAAGAAAUACAUUUGAUUUUAUAGAUCCUUGAGGUGUCUGGAAUAAGCCCUCUUGAUAAAGUCUUAGAAUAAGGUUGACAUAAUUAGUAUUCAGUCUUUAGUACAUCCUUUAUUGUUGAAAUCUGAAAUGCUUUUUGCAUUUACAAAAUUUUUCGUUAACUACUGUAACAUUUCCCAAGGAAAUAAAACUUCUGAGAAUAGAUCUCGAUAACAAAUACAUUUGGCUAUUUCUUGGCAUUAUGUAUAUGGAUUAUGAUUUGGAGAAUGGUGUUAUUAUUUGACGUCACUUAAGUGCACGCUAUUUUAGACAAUGUUUCUCUCAUGGGAAAUACAGGAAUAUCUGUCCCUGGCAUGUGGUUGGAACAAGGUGUACUUUCCCUGCUAGAUAGGCAGGAAUAAAAUUGAAAAUCAUGUAUGUAUAAGAUUCAUCAUAUUGAUAAUUGGAAUUGCAUGUUACAGACCAACCCUACUACAUGUAUGUUUUAUCUCUUUAUUAAACAACUUUACAACUGUAUUUUCAAGAUGAAAUUGCCUGACACCCCUGGUAAAAAAAUUGUUUUCACUGUAUGUUAUCAGUAUUGUUCUAUGUCAAUUGAUAGCAGCAUUUCUUGAACAGUUUACACAGAUUGAAGGACAAAAUCAGUUUAAAACAGGUUUUUUCAUACUUCAGUAAUUGUUGAUUCAGUACAUCAGAUUUAAUAUCGAAAAUUGAUUCUUAAAAAACUCAUUUAAAUUUGUUUUUUGUAAAUGCCAGGCAGUUUUUCAACAAACCUAUAAAAACAUUAUAGUUAUAACUUUAUUUGAACCUGAUAAAACUGUUAUGAAUCUCCUAUUGUAAAACUUACCAACAAAAACUGUAAAAUCAUUGUGAAGAACAGUUUCCAAAAGGUUUAGGAAUCUGAAAAUUUCAUGGCAAACUUUUCUAUGAAAGGUGUAUUUUUCACUGUAGAUUUACACGGACAGAAACUUAAAUAUUCAGGUGGUUCUCUCUCUGUUAUUUGGUAUACAUAUUGACUUUUUGUCAAGUUAGAAAGGAGUUUGCUGUUACGGAAUAUUUUUAUCAAAGAAUAAUUUUAGAAGCUUGCAAUAAAGAAGUUGGGUAUACAGGUAUCCAGAAACAAAUGAACUAAUGCUUCAUCUGCUUACAUAAUGUUAUAAAGGCUACAUGUAUAUCACUACACUUGUUAAAAUUUAGUCAUAUUUGUCCAGUAAAGUGUGUAAAUUUCAGAGGUGCCUUUAAUAAUAAAACAUUCAAAACAUUGA